ACACAGCUCAACUGAGGGGCUGAGUGAGUGAGGCACACGGAGAUUAAGAAAAAACAGACAGUAGAAAGAAAGGACAUGUGACAGUGAAUACUUACAGGAACUACCUGAACUGUAACAUUUCUACUUUGUAUGGGAGACAGAAAACAAGACAGCUACCUGUGGAGAUGGGAAGUACAACCCCCCCAGUGUACCUCAAUGGGAGUACAGAGAUGUCAGACACGUCAGACCAAGCUAAGCAAGAGGAGGGUUUCAGUGAGGCAACAAUGAUCCUGCUGGGCAUGAUCAUGUCCUUGCUCGUCUUUUGCAUUGUCUUUGGUAACAUCCUGGUCAUAAUAGCAAUUGCCCGCUUCCAGCGUCUCCAAAAUGUCACCAACUGUUUCAUCACAUCCCUGGCCUGCGCCGACCUGGUCAUGGGUCUCAUUGUGAUUCCUUUUGGUGCCUGUAACAACAUCUUUAAGACUUGGCACUUUGGUCGUUUCUGGUGUGACUUUUGGACUGCCACCGAUGUGCUCUGUGUGACUGCAAGCAUUGAGACCCUUUGUGUCAUAGCUAUAGACCGUUAUUUGGCCAUCACGUCUCCCUUGCGCUACCAGUCGAUGCUGACAAAGGGUAGAGCUCGCAUUGUGGUUGUGCUGGUGUGGGUGAUUGCUGCCUUGAUAUCUUUCCUGCCCAUCCACAUGGAGUGGUGGAUUUCAGAUGAUGUAAGCGCCAAGAACUGCACUAAAAACAGCAACUGCUGUGAGUUCAACACCAACAUGGAAUACGCCAUCACCUCCUCUAUCAUCUCCUUCUACAUCCCUUUGGUUAUCAUGGCGUUUGUCUACAGACGCGUUUUCCUGGAAGCCAAGCGCCAGUUGAAGAAGAUUAACCAAAGUGUUGGACGUUUCCAUAACAACGACAACAGCAACCUCAAAUCUCUCGAGGCCAACAAUGGACGUGGCAAUAAGAAAGCCAAGUUUUGCCUGCGGGAACAUAAAGCCCUAAAGACAUUGGGCAUCAUUAUGGGGAUAUUUACUCUGUGCUGGUUGCCCUUCUUUCUGCUCAAUGUGGUGGUAGCCAUAUGGAAUAAUCUCAAAAGUGACCUCGAUCUCACCUUCAAGAUAAUGAACUGGAUAGGUUAUGCAAACUCUGCCUUCAACCCGCUCAUAUACUGCCGGAGUCCUGAGUUCAGGUAUGCCUUCAAGGAAAUCCUCUGCAUGAAGAGCAACCGACUCAGCAACACAGGGCCUGUGAAUGGAUACAUCUACAGCAGGCACAGCUGGCUGAGUGAGCAACAAGGAAGGAGUAAGGGCAGCUAUGAAGACAGUGAUGCCAACGAAGGGUGUCUGGAGAAAGGAGCAGAGGUGUGCAGUGUUGAGGACAGAGCAGUGGACCCCAAUGGGAAUUGUAGCUUACCGACUGUAACAACUGCCCUUUAAACUGGGAUCCCUGAGACUUCUGUCAACAGGGUGACUCAGACAUGUUUACACUGCUAUCAUAAACUUUUUUCCAAUUGACUAAUGAAGGUAAGACCAGUCAAACCGACUGGUGGAGUCUCUGGAGACUGCUUUAAAGAAGCUGAGGAAAGUGUUUCUCUUCCUCCAUCAGCGUGGUGAAUAAAUACUGUAGGUAUAUCACUUGCCCUUUUGUUACAUUUGUCAUGUUUAAUUUCCAUCUACCUCAGCACACCUUUUUUAAUGUUUGUUUCUUGACUAUCGAAAAGUAGUUCACAUAAACUCACUGUCCACAGUGGACGGUGUGUCAGCUGUUCUGUUUCCUUUACUGAAUGGACUGUGCAUUAUAUAAUUGCUAAUUAUCUGGCUCUAAUUGAAUUUGUGGUUCUUGGCAGAAGAUCUCACGGCUUACUAGCAUAAAAAUAUUUUUGAAAUUCAGAGUGAACGUCGAGGUUGUAAAUUCCAUUCUCUCAUGCCAAUUCGGCAUGGAUAAAGAGAACUUCAUAAAAUGGACAGGAGUAUGGAAGGAUCAGACUUCAUGCCUUUUUGGUGCUUUGUUUGACGAGAUACAUUCCAAAUCAAGCAAAAUUAUAAUUUGGCUUUGUUUUGUUCCCUUUUUUUCUUUUCUUCCUCUUUUUUUAAGGAUUGUCACGGUGUGAAAGAUGAUCAACAGCAGGUGUGGCAGAACCUGUCUCUCUUUCUCUCUGCUCACUGCUCAGCAAUGUGAGGCGCUGCUCCCUGCUCUAGUGUUUUUACAGCCUGUUGCACGGCCGGCCUGUUGCCAGCAGAUAAUACCAGAGAUUAUAAACUUAUCUACGUCUCACUAGUGCAAGAUGAGGAACGCCUGGGGCCAUCUUCUGCUACUUCUGCUAGUCACAUGAUAAAAAAGUUUUGUAAAUAUUGUAUCAUCCGUUCUAUUAUCAGCCCUGAAGAUAUCUUCUAUCUGUGAGUGCACAGCAGAUAUCGUUGUGAUUAAUGUGAUUUACCCUGGGUUGACCUUUAAAGCUUGCAGGUGUUAAAAUGCAGAAAUCAAAAUGCAGGAUGUUGCACACUCAAUACCAUAAUAUGCACUCAAUCCAUGAGUUCACUUGCAACAUCUAUACUGGUAUUUGAUGCAUUUAAUAGCUGACAAACUAUUCGUCUCCGGUCCCCUUCAUGCGCCAAUGGCAAAAUUAAUAGUUAACACAAGCCAUGGCUGUUUAUUAGAUUUUGUGGUUGCUGUGUUUCAGCAUCGACAGUGUUUACUGAAACCAGAGACGCUGUUCCUUAUGGCACAAGGGUACAAACCACACACAUAAUAAUAAACAGUGUGCCGAAAUAGCCAAGUGAUAACAAAGUUCCAGGCCUGAGACUUGGUCGCAGUGACUACUAAGGCCGACGAACGGAGAUGAGAAAACAGUGCACCUUGGUCACGCUGCCCACUGACAUUUCCCAGAGUCUCCUCGCUGUAAACGGAUGUCUCGAUCUGAAAUCAGUCAGUCCACUGAGCAGCACCUCAGCUGUUCCAGUUGUUUCAGUCGGUUCUAAGUCAGUCUACUUUAGGCACUUAUUAGUGUGCAGUCUCCAGGAAGCUGAGCCUGGCCAAAAAAACACAAUUAAAUCCCUUAUCUCUGCCAGAUGCCGGAUCUCUCUAUCUCUUUAGCUGGAGCAUCAGAUAGCUCCGUUUGUAAAACAACACAGGAAUAUAUUAACAAUUUACAAAAAUCCCAAUUUGCAGGUUGUGAUGAGGUCUAAUAGCCUAACCUGAAAUGAGACUGGCUUCCUUAUCACCAGUCUUCGCAGACUCAGAAUGUCAUUUUUUGACUUAGGCAAACAUUAAUGGAAAAUGAGCACUUAGCAUGCCUGGCUUGAAUUGGAAAAUUUCCACACUUUUCUUUCCACACUUUCCGAAACGCUUGCAAGAUCAUUACUUUCAGCAGGAGUAAUGGAGUUGUUGGUGCAGAUGUGGCACCCUUUCUCUUAGUCUGUCUGGCGAUCUCUAGUUUGUUCUGAUCAAAGUGACAGCAUGCUAAAUGUGGCUACUGCAGUCAGGAGGGGGAGCAGGGCUCCUCUGCCAGUCUAAAUCGGUGUUAGUGACCUGUGUAUUAGUGCAUGUUGCGUUGCCUCUGGAGUAAGGUCGGCUGACAUUGCCGAAACUGUGAACUUUGUUCCCUCAGAGGAAUCUCUAUGUACUGUAUUGCUAGGUUUGGUCAGCACUGUAUUUACAGACCUUAGAAAUGGACGUAAAUACGGUGUCAUCAUACGUCAAUGUUCGCCAUGUGAAAAACAAGCUUUCCAGUAUGUUGAUCUUUUUUCUGUUUUUAUUGGUCAUGGAUUUACAGCAAAGUAAAUGCAGGGGUUGAAUGUCAUAACACAUGUUCUCCAGGGUUUCUCUUUUCAACAUUUUCACUGUACAGCAUGCACAAAGCACAAAACGGAUAAAGAUUCAAGACCAAGAUUUUUUUCGAUAUAUUCACUCAGAAUGAAUUGAAUCAUUGAUAAAUUGAUGAGUCACUGCUGGAUUAAAAAAAAAAAAAGUCUGUAUUUAACACAACUGUCAUUUUUAGAAGUUAUCACUUGCAUGUCUGCUAUAUAUUUGUGGUGAUGUGUUUGUGGACUGUAGUUCCCUUUCCCUUUUCAAAGUGAUCUGUUUUAGUCCAAGUGAAGUAGGUUGUGAACUAUAUAUUCACACUGCUCCCUCCUGGCAGUGGCCUCUCCUUGCACCUCAGCUGUCUCAGAAUUAUUCAUGGUUACUGUUUCAUCAAUACACCUGUAUAAUAAGGAAUGUAAAUCAUGUCUUCUCAUGCUGGAGGACACAACACAGUUAUGUGCAAUGAGUCUUGAAUGAUUAGCCGACACUACAAACAUUCCAAGUAAAGCUGAUGGGUUGGAACCAUAAACCACAUCUACUGAUGCAUAUAAUGAACAUUCAGUUCUCACACUGAAAUCUGGCCCGUCUACUCGCUGGUCUGGUUAUACCAACUCUGCAAACAUUAAAGCUUCUUUAAUACUUUGUGCCAAACACAUCAACGCUCACGUGGGCUCAUGCUAAUGCUGUCCUCGCUGAUCCGUUCUUGUUCCGAUUUAAUAAAAGUCACUUUGCACCCCAAAAACAGAUGAUCUGAUCUUAAACAGCACUGUAUAGCACUUUCAUGAAACAUUUGUAACCUUUUUAACAUUUGAAUCCACAUUUGAGUUCAUGAGCUAUAAACAAUUAAUGGCUGGAGAGUUUUUUUUAAACUCUUGUACCAUAUUUUUGUGGAAGUCCUCCUUCCUGUUUGCAACUAAAAAUGAGAAACAAACGCUCAGCAUAGAUGUUGUUGAAGGUGUACUGUUCUGAUAAAUAGAUGUAUGUGAAUGUGAAUUUUCUAUGAAAUUUAAAUAUUGCUUUAGCCGUCAUAUGAAAAGUAAACCUAUUGUAUGUGAACUAUUUUUCAUGGCCGGAGUGAAAAAAAAAGAAAAAAGUUGUCACUCAAGCUGAAUGUUUACUAAAUGUUUGCAAGCUAUUUUCGCACAAGUUUUCGUCACUGUUAAGGUAAUGAAGCCUGUUACAACAUGUGGUAUACUGUGGUAUUUAUGAAAAAAAAAAAAGCAAGUGUAUGUGCUGUAACAUUUGUAUUGAAAUAAAUUAUGUACAUGUGGCAUGUUAUGUCCUCA